AAUGAAUAGUGUGUAUGCCCGAUGAUCUCACCGUUCGUCAAUCUUGACAAUGCAAAGGACCGGUCGACCGCGGGGCGCGGUACGGGGCAGACGGGGACUACACUGCAGGGUUUGUGCGAUUCACAUUUCACGCACACCGCAUGCCGUACGACCAGUCAGUACGACAGUAAAGUUGUCCGCCUCACGCGCGGCGCGCGCGCUGUUUUUAUUAUAAGCUUUCCGUCUUUACUAAAAAUUCUUCUUCUAGUCAAAAUGUAGUGUAGUAUCAAAAAAGUAAUAAAACAGUGCUUAUAUUGUGUACUAAAAGUGGCUUAAUUUUGUAAACGCUACAUGCUACGGUCCAAAGAACAAUGCUGUGGGAAAAAAUAACGUUCAGCUGGCAUCGGCUGUCGUUCCCAGCUACCUACCUACCUCUCUCCCCCCGCGAACCGGGUGCCGGGUUCAAUGUGCCUCUCUGCGUUUAUUCAUCGUUUGUGGGAAAAGUUGACCCCCGUUUUUAAAUUUUAUUGUUAACGAAUUCACACGAUUUCGUUUUUGUGACUACCGCAUCUUAAAAUCAUCAGAUUAAAAAUUAAUAUAUUAGUUUAAUUUAAAAUAUUUGUCUGAUUAAAAAUUGCUGUGAUCGUGACUCGAACAAUUAAUUCGGAAGUAAUUAAUGAAUGUGGACCGUCAAAAAGCAGUUUAGUAAGAACUAGUCGUCAAGGUCAAAACUACAUACCGCAGAUCUACAACAUUGUUUGUUUAAGCUUUGCCAUGUUUGUGGAGUAUCAAAUUCUUCGUAAUAAUUAUCUCAUUUUGAUACGAAUAACAUUUCGUCAAAUGAAGAUUAAACGUAUGUUAAAUAAUAAAUUUACACGUGAACGUUGUAUUGCGAAACAGCCGUUAUAGUCGUGUUAUAUUUCGAACGUGCUAAGUUGCGUUGUACGUGAUCUUCAAGUGCAUAAUGAAAAUAAUAUGUGAAGUUUAUUAAGUGUGUGAGAAUAUUACCUGUUAGUGUCAGUGAUAUUAAUAUUCAAGAUGGGCAACCAGGGUUCGUCACCGCAUGAGCCGCUUGAUCGUGUCCAAACUCAAAAUGCAGAUCUGAAAAUGAAGUCGUCAGUCCGCAGUUCGUUAAGGCGGGCGCGCGCCGGGGCCGCGCUGUCGCCGCCGCGCGCCGGCAUGGAGCGGCUGCGACGCUCCUUCCGCGAGUCCUUCCGCCGUCGCAAGGGCUCUCCGCCCGAGUCCGCGCGUCCGCACCAAUGGCACGCGGACGAGGCCGCCGUGCGCGCGGGCACCUGCACCUUCCCCGUUAAGUACCUCGGAUGCGUCGAGGUCUUCGAGUCCCGUGGCAUGCAGGUUUGCGAAGAGGCGCUUAAAGUUCUCCGGAAUUCUCGCCGACGUCCCGUUCGUGCCGUGUUGCAUGUAAGCGGAGACGGUUUACGCGUAGUGGAAGAGGAGACUAAGGGGCUUAUUGUAGAUCAGACCAUCGAGAAAGUGUCUUUCUGCGCGCCAGAUAGAAAUCAUGAACGAGGGUUUAGUUACAUCUGUCGCGAUGGCACCACCCGCCGGUGGAUGUGUCACGGGUUCCUCGCGUCCCGCGACAGCGGCGAGAGGCUGUCGCACGCGGUGGGCUGUGCGUUCGCCGCGUGCCUCGAGCGCAAGCAGCGCCGCGACAAGGAGUGCGCCGUCUCCAUGAGUAUCGACGCGGCCAGCCACGCGUUCACUCGCCAGGGAUCUUUUAGAAAAUCGGGUAUAACGAGUCGGCGCACGUCGGAGGUGGAGCCGGCCCCGAGCCCCGCCGCGCCGGCCGCCGCGCCGCCCGCCGCGCCGGCGCCGCGCUCGGCCGCGCACAACCCCUUCGCCGUGGAGCGCCCGCACGCCGCGCCGCACCUGCUCGAGCGACAGGGCUCCUUUAGGGGCUUUGCGCAUCUUAAUAACAAUUCACCGUUCAAGCGUCAGAUGUCGCUGCGCAUCAGUGAGCUGCCCUCUAACCUGGAGCGACAGCGCAUAGGGCUGGGCUCGCCCGACGCGCUGGCCGCGCUGCCGGCGCCGCCCGCCGCGCCCGCCGGCCUCGGCCUGCCCGACGUGGCGCCCAUCGAGGAGAAAACGUCGGAAGCGGAUCCAGUCGCUGAAAUGUGUCAGCAGCUGUCGCUGGGGCUGCGCGCCCUGGCCGAGGAGCCGGUGCCGGUGAGCGGCGCGCUGCCGCACCCGGACGCGUGGCUCGGCCGCGUGGCGCGCGCGCCCCCGCUGGCCGCCGCCGGCCGCGCCGCCUCCUUCGCCGGCCACUCCGCCGUCACCACCAACCCUUUCCUGGCGCCCACCCCUGCACAUCUUUAAACGAAUCCGGCCGCCCGAGGAAAUUGACGAAAGCAUUCAUGGCUAUUUGAAAUUAUACAAUCUCUUUUAUCUUUGCAGUUAUGCUUAACUAUAGAACAUGAGACAGAGGUAGAAGGUUUUGUUUUUAAACUUAUCCUAGAGUCGUUGAGCGAUCUUACUACAAUUACUUACGAUUGCUAUGGCACCGAUGUGAUCGCUCUUGUUACAGUAUAUUGAAUUUGAUAUCUCAAUAUACCACAGGUUUUACGUCGUAAAUUUUGAUUGAAAAACAAUAUGUAUUUAUAAUUUAAUGCUAAAUUACAAAGUUGAAAAUAUUUUGUUGAAACUAACAUAGAAUAUCGAAGGACAAAACUAAUCAGGGCAAUGUUCCUGUUACAUAUUUUUAAAGCCAUAUUUUUUAUUUAUACAGUUGAAGUAAUCAGCCGUCUCAUUAUUCGUAAAUGCUAGUUAUUAUAUAAACCGAGGUUGUCUUUUUACAAAAUGGUUUUUAUCUGAUCCUAAGUCAAAAUUAAUUGGAAUAUUAUAAAUUUAGCAUAUUUUUGAUGACUUUUUUUGCUGUUGUUUUAAGCGUGAAGUCAUCAGAUAAAAAAGAACUUUAAUUUUCAAUACGUAAAUAAAACUAGAUAAUGCUCAAACUACGUAUUUACUAUAAUUGUUAUAUUAUUAAUCAAUAUCAGCAGAAUCCGUCAUAUUGAACAGUAAGAAUGAUAAACUCAUAUAUGUGUAGUGCUUUUAGUGAAUCGUAAUAAUACUUGAGCACAUUUGUAAUCUUGCACGCUGUAUUAAAAAAAUAUCUACUUAUAAUAAAAAUUAGUAUUUUCUGAGAUAACGAUCGCCAUUUUAAUGGUGUGAGUAGUAUAUAAACACUUGACUAUACUUUCUGAUUACUAAAUUUUGAUUAUAUUUUUAACAAACAAAUAUACAGUAAUUGCGAUAUAAUUUUUGAUGUUUCUACAUUAUAGAAUAAUUAAUCCCAUUGAUUAUUAAUGUCAUUACAAUAGACAAGUUUAAAAUAUAUGUAAAUGUACUUAAUUCCUUUAUAAAUGGCACUGAGCUUUUGCGCUGCACUUAAGUGUUGUUGAUGUAAUACGUAAGUUAAGACUAUUUCCAUGCUAUACGUCCAUGGACAGUAUUAAAUAAAGCCGAUCGCAUUGUUUAAUAAAACGCGUAAUGAACAAACGAACAAUACAGUAUUUUAUCGUAACAAUCUACGUACUUGUAUAAUACUUUUUUGGAUAUAUAUAUAUAUUUCUUUUUGUAUAUAAUUGUACAUUUAUAGGUUACUUAAAGGACAUCAUUUGUGAAUCUGUUUUUGUUUAUAUUAUUUUUUUAAAGUAACUAAAAAUAGAGAGGUAUUUCGAACAAAUUGUGUAAUAUACUUUGGUAACUAUAAAAAGCACGUAUGUUUUGUGUGACGACUCUCGAUUUAAUGUUAAUUAGUUACUAAAAGUUUUUGUUAUUUUUUAGGUUAUAAUUUUAAAAAUCUACUAUUUUUUUUAAACACAUUAUGGACAAAAAGAGGUUUUGCAGUAUGAUCUUUCCUGCGAUUUCUACUCAUGAUUUGUGUUCAAUUUUUUGUUACUUAAUUAUCUGCAGUGACUGAAUUCUCUCUUACAUUAAUUUAAUCCCAAAGCUAAUGUUCUAAACUAUAUACUUAAAGCAAACCUCUUUUUGUUUUGAACAAAAAGCACAAUGAUUAUUGCACAAUAAUUGUUGCAUUUUACAUUCCACUUAUUACAAUAUUCGUGAAUUUACUUAAAACUUGACGCAUAUUAACUACUUGAUUAAUAUUUCGCUCUUGUACUUACAGUUAUUUUCUGAAAAUACUUAAUGUAUAAAAAAAUAAUUAAUAUUGUUGGUACUUUUUACGUGAUUUACUUAAAACUUGAUCAGAUCCAAAAACCUGUCGAGGCAAUGUAUCGCCUGUUCCAUAUAAAUAAUUUCUAGUAUUUUCCAGUGACUCAAAACUAUUAUAAAAAUUAUGUAAUUAAAUGUGAUAUAAAGCAUAUUUGGUGAUAAGAAUAUUAAAAAUACGCUAUUUGCACAUUUAUCAAUAUUCUGCACGCGAAAGUUUGUACCACUGUUGGUGGUUAAAAGUAAAAGUACAUUAAUCAAUAGAAAUGUUCCGUAACUAAAGACUAGUUUUAAUUUAAUAAGUACUUACUUCCACAAAGGAUUAUUUUCUUAUGUACUCUUAUUUAAAUAUUUGGAAAUUAUCGGACAUGUUGUACUUAAUAUAUCAAAAACCAGUUGUUUAAGAGAAUUGUUGGGUGUUUUUGUAUAUUUUUUCCGAUUUUAUUUGUGGCUAAAUUAUAACAAAGCUUGUAUAUACAAGGGGAUAUAUGUAGAUAUUUUAGAUAACAAGAGUUCAAAUAUUAUGAAGAGUAAUAAAAUAUUAUGGUUAGUUGAAA